CACAACGCAUCAAAAUCACCUUCAUCCGUUCUCUAAACCAGGCACUCUACAGCUCAAGUCCGCUACUCCGCAGCUCGAGUGCUUUUCAAGUCAAAAUGGCCGGACAAGACAGUCGGCCCGCGGCGUUUCAUGGCGUCAUCAUCCAGUCUACCGGACCAGAGGACUUGGCCAUCCUCGAGGACGCGCUCCUCGCGGUCGACGCCAAUGGAAUCAUCAAGAGCCUAGAAGCGGGCGUGAGUCGGCAGGAUGUAGCUACAAGGCUUGCCGCGCUCGGCCUGGACGACUGCCGGCUCACGGAGCUCUGCCCUGGCCAGUUUCUCAUUCCGGGCUUCGUCGACACGCAUAACCAUGCUCCCCAAUGGUUGCACCGCGGGCUCGGGCAGGGGAUGCAGAUACUCGAGUGGCUGUCGUCAACGGCGUUCCCCAACGAGGCGCGCUUCGAGGACCCCGAGCACGCCAGGACAGCGUACAGCUCGCUCGUCGACGGCAUGCUGCGCCAGGGAGUCACGACGGCCAGCUACUACAGCUCCCUACAUGGCGAGGCAACCCAAAUACUCGCCGACACGUGCUUGGCCAAGGGCCAGAGGGCGCUGGUGGGCAAGUGCAACAUGAACCGGGGCUCCCCGGACUACUACCGCGAUGCCAGCGUCGAGGAGUCGGUGCGCGUGACGCGGGACUGCAUCGACCACAUCCGCGGCAUCGAUCCCAGCGGCAGCAUGAUACGGCCCGUACUCACGCCGCGCUUCGCCAUCUCGUGCGAGGACCGCCUCCUUGCGGCUCUGGGCGACAUGGCGGCCGAGGACCCGACCAUGGCGAUCCAGACGCACUUCAACGAGUCGGAGCAAGAGGUGGCGGCGACGCGGUCCCUGUUCCCUGGCUUCGCCAACGAGGCCGACCUCUACCAGCACUUUGGGCUGCUGGGACCCCGGUCCAUCCUCGCGCACUGCACCAUCAUGACGCCGUACGAGACGCGGCGCCUGAGCGAGCUCGGGUGCGGCGUCGCGCACUGCCCGACGGCCAACAUGACGGUCGGCGGGGGCUUCAUGGCCGCGCCGAUACGCGAAUUCCUCGGGCAGGGCAUCCACGUCGGCCUGGGGACCGACUCGGGCGGCGGCUACUCGUCGUCCAUGCUCAACGCCAUGCGCCACGCCCUCGUCGCCUCGUUUGCGCGCGACUUUCUGGACGCCAGGGACGGCGCCGCCGCGCUGUCCCUGGACCAGGUCUUCCACAUGGCCACGGCCGGCGGUGCCCGGGUCGUCGGCUUUGGCGACGCCGUGGGAGACCUGAACCCCGGGAAGCAGUUUGACGCGCUGCUCGUCGACAUGCGCGCGUGCCGGGGCGGCGUCAACGCGCCGAUGCAGGCCGGUGAUUCGUUGCGAACCACGUUUGAGAAGUUCAUCAUGACGGGAGACGAUCGCAACAUUGUUCAGGUCAUGGUCCGAGGCAGAGUCGUUUUAGACCGAGCGUGAGUCUGUCAUCGACGACAGUACGUAGAUGAUUUGGUUCGGGUGAGACCGGGAGGAUGGAGACUCUCACAUCGCUCUGUUGAAUCAAUAAAUUCCGUACCCUUGUAGGUCAGUCCGUGUAGUAACUGGAGCACCUGGA